CACUGUAGUAGGUUCCGCUAAAGUAGCAUUAGUGCUGUUCUUGAUAAAUUAAACGCACAUUGACAAUGCCACUUCCAGCAGGAGGAUAUCAAACAACUGGACCAACUUGUUGGGAAAGAAUGAGAAUAGGUUUUAUGAUAGGGUUCUGUGUGGGAUUGGCUUCAGGUGCAUUGUUCGGUGGCUUUGGAGCGCUCAGGAUCGGCCUCAGGGGAAGGGAUUUGGUUAACAACGUUGGUAAAACAAUGAUUCAAGGUGGAGGAACGUUUGGAACUUUCAUGGCAAUCGGUACAGGAAUCCGUUGCUAAAAACCUUAUCAAAGAACAGCACUAUGGAAAUAGGUUUUAUUGGUUAUAGUUGAAAUGUAAAAAUUGUAUGCCGAAUUAGUCAUAAAUGAAAUAAAACUUCUUUUAAGUCAUGACCAAAGGCAUAUAUUCAAUUGCAGAUAUUCGUGGAUAAUGAUGUAUGUACUUUACUGUUAUGUUUAUCAAUAUGUAAAUAAUGUUUUGUAUAUUUCUUAAAUUAAAUGCAUUGAAUAGAUU